AUGUCGAAGGCUCCAUUUCGAAUCCAGUUGUGGGGCGUCAAGGACGACUGUUGCACCAAACUUUUUGGGCAGAAGAUGGUGGCCGCAGUGGCUGGUCCAGUUCUGGACUCCGGGGUCUUCGAGUGCAUGGAGACCGGGGAGCAUUUUAUAAAAGUCAAUACUGUUAUUGACUUCGCCAAGCCUCUCCGAUCGCAGUUAUUGGCGGCCAGUGACGAAAUCGAUAAUUUUUGGGUUAGCCUAAAGUAUGAGUUCCUGCCGAGUUUUUGUUUCCAUUGUGGCCGAGUUGGCCAUGCUCGCCGUGAUUGUGCUUUUGAUCCUCCGCUUGGCAAGGAGCGCUUCGGCCCGCGCAUGUCAACUAAGAAGGUGGGGCGGAAGAUCUAA